ACAAGCACAAAAUUUACGGGGAGAUCCCAAAGUUAUACAGUUUUAUCCACCGUCCAUCAUAUAUAGACAAUACCAAUCUCAACGCAUGAUGGACGGUGGACAUGGGACGUCUCACGCUCCGACGCUCCGCCGCUCCUUCAGGUGGGCUUAGUAUCGAAUUUAGUCGAUAGUUGAGCUCACGGAGACGAAGAAGCCAUUAAUGGAGGAGGAGGGGAGAAGCGGAGUUCUUUUUCUCAUCUCUUCCCCCCAUGAAGAAGAAGAAGAACAAGAAGAAGCUGAUUUGAGGGAGCACAUCGCCUCCGAUAUCACUCAGCUUAUAGGUUGGACACCACUUAUAGAACUGAAACGUAUUGUCAGAAAAGAUGGAUUGAAUUGUCGGGUUAUCGGAAAGAUGGAAUCAUACCAACCGCUUUCGUCCGUCAAGGACCGCAGCGCUCUUGGAAUGAUAGAAGAUGCAGAGGAAAAGGGCCUAAUUACACCUGGCACUACGGCAUUGGUGGAGCCCACUAGUGGUAAUCUCGGGAUAGCUCUCGCUUACAUAGCCAUUCGGAAAGGGUACAAGUUCAUCGCGGUUAUGCCGGCCCAGUAUUCACUUGAUAAGCAGAUUGUAUUGAGAUAUCUGGGUGCGGAAGUAUUGCUAACUGAUCCUUCAUUAGGAUUUCAAGGACAGGUUGAAAAGGUGGAGCAGCUCAAAAAGGAAAUCCCAAAUGUCUAUGUUCUUGAUCAGUUCACAAAUACAGCAAAUCCUGAAGCACACUUCAAAGGGACUGGGCCUGAAAUAUGGAAAGAUACAGGGGGGAAGGUGGAUAUUUUUGUAUGUGGAUCUGGUUCAGGAGGUAGUGUAACUGGUGCCGGCAAGUACCUCAAAAUGAAAAAUCCUUCUAUUAAGGUCAUUUGUGUUGAACCUGCAGAGAGUCCAGUCAUUUCAGGUGGCGAACCAGGGAGACAUAAAAUCCAGGGAUUAGGGCCAGGCUUCGUUCCACAAAACUUGGAGAAGUCGCAGAUUGAUGAGAUCAUCACGGUGACAUCAGAGGAAGCGAUGAGCAAUGCGAGAAGGUUGGCGAGGGAAGAAGGUUUGCUUGUCGGCAUCUCUUCAGGAGCCAAUUUAGCAGCUUGCUUAAAGGUGGCAGCUAGGGAGGAGAAUAAAGAGAAGAUGAUUGUUACUAUGUUUCCCAGUGGAGGAGAAAGAUAUGUGAGCUCAGAGCUCUUUGCCCUGGCAAGAGAGGAAUGUUCUAAAAUGACUUUUUGAUGUUAAGCAGGGGCAAUCUCUCCGCAGGAUAAAGAGAUCGAUGCAGCUUUAGCUCUGUUAUAUCUCAAGACAACUAAGACAUCUUAAUUUAGAAUGUUUCAGUUGGGAGAAUUUAACCAACUCUUCCGAAACCACAGAAUGGUAAAAAGUCC